AUGUUUAACUGUGACUGCUGCCCCCGGCGAUUCAACUCUCAAUAUGCAGUAAAUCAGCACAUGGACGCCCUAGGUCACCGGGUCCCACGAUUUAACUGCGAAACCUGUGACAGGGCAUUCUUCGCACAACACUCUGCGAACCAGCAUAUGAACGAUACAGGCCACUGGAGACCACAAGUCAAGGGUAACAGUGGCGCAUCUUUCUCUUCUGAUCAGGCCUGGCAUAAACAGGGCUGGGUUGGAGAGAACAUUUCUGGGCAAAGCACCUCAUCUGGGGGUCUCUGGGGGAAUGGACAACAGAGCACCCAUGGAGGGGGCCUGUACUCCUCCUUUAGGGCCUCCUCUGACCAGGGAUCCCCCUCUAGCCUGUUUGGUCAGGGCUCAUCCUCUGGAAGCCUCUUUGGACAACAGUCCUCUGGGGGCCUCUUUGGGCAGAGCACCCCCAGGCAGGGCCUAUUCGGUCAGGGCCCAUCAUCUCCCCAGACACUCUUUGGUGGGCAGAACCCCUCUACACAGGGCUUUUCAUCCGGACAGGGCGUCUCUGGAGGGCAAAAUCCCAUUGCCAACCAGAGCCUCUUUGGGCAGAGCUCAUCUUUUGGACUGCGUUUCUCAUGUGAGACUUGUAAUAUGGAGUUCUACUCUCAGAAUGACGCAGGCCUACACCGUGAAGGGUUUGGACACAAGAAACCCUCAAUAAUCGACGACAUUGAGGUAGUGACGAACAGCUACGCAUACAAGGAUGAGAUCGUUAAACUAUUUGACAAUGGAUGGCGCCACCCGACUAGAACCGCGAGCAUCCAAUGCAUCUAUGUACACACACAGCGCGCUCAAGAGCUGGUUGCCUACUUGAACAGUGGUGAAGCUAGGGUUCUGUUCCAUGGGACGCAGAGAGCUUGUCAUGUUGGUGAUCUCAAUUACGCUUUGAGAGUGUGCAACGAUAUUGAAUGCCAUCUCUGCAGUAUCCUAAGAGAUGGGUUCAAGCUAGACCGAGCCAAAUCAUGUGGCAUGUUUGGUCCUGGAGUAUACACAACUGAUGUGUCUUCUAAGGCUGACAAAUGGGUCAUGAACCACCAUAUGCACUCGAAGCUGCAUGUGAUGCUUCUAUGUGCGGUCUGUGUUGGCAAGUCCGAGAAACUAUACAGUGCAGACUAUGGGAGAAAAGGCCCAAGCGCUGGAUAUCAGUCUGUUGAAGGGGCUGUGGUUGCAGAAGGGGGAGUCCUUAACGAACCCGAGAUUGUUCUGUAUUCUGAGAACCUAGUUGUCCCUUUUGGGAUGAUUGUGUACACUAGAGAGGGGUGGGAACCCUUUUAA